AUGAACCCUGCUCUUUUCGCUUGUUUCACUGCUUUUGCGAUUUUCUGUGCAACACUUGGAGAGGCUCCUGAGUGUCAGCGUCCUCCACGCCCGGCUUUCCUCGACGGGGCCAACGAGACUGUCCGCCAAGAAUUCCACAGCAUCUUCGAAAACCACGCUCUGGCACCGGAGGCGAGGAGAUCGCAGGUCAUCGAGUUAGGCAAGAAAUAUGGACUUGAGGACGAGGCAACAAAGUACGAAGAUAUGGUGAAGGAUGUGAUGAGCAAAAAUCCUCCUAACUGCGUACAUCCAGUACCCGAGUUCUUGAAGAACGCCAAUGAGACCGUUCGCAGUGAAUUUUUCCAAAUCGUCAAAGACCACAGUCUGACACGAGAUCAGAAAAAGGCGAAAAUCCUAGAGUGGGCCAAGCAAUUCGGACCUGAAUUCGAGGCACAGGUAAAGCAGCACGAGGAGAUGGAGGCGAAGCACAAGGUGGGUUUGAGUUACACUCUGUAA